AUGAACCCAUCCAUUGCAUCCUGCUUUGCCUUUGUCAAGGAAGCUCGACACAGAACGUUGACUCGUGAGGAACGCCUGGACAUCCUCUGUCUGCACGCAUAUUUUCGAAGUCAAGGCACCAAGGCUGCUGCUGCGAAGGUGGCAGAGUUGCUUGGCCGUGGGCUUGGGGUUGUCAAAGAGGUUUGGCGUGAGUACCUCCAAUCGCGCUCUGUAACUGUUGCUGUGCCCCCAUCGAACACCACGACGCACAGCACGACUGUCCCCAGAACAAAGCAAGUUGUUAGCAUGGUUCAAGCAUUCGUUCGUGGCCGACGCGCAACAAGGACCCGUACAACUGCUGUGGACAUCGUCAUCUUCCUGCGUGAGAUAUGUGUGUUGGACUUCGACUUGGAGGACAAGAAGGUGUACAGCCUCCACCUCCGAUCGGUUCAACGCUUUCUCAAGUAUCAAGGGUACGAGCGUGGCAACAAGAAAGGGUUAUCCUCGUACCAUCUGUCCAAGAAGAACACCGUUGCUCGCGACUUGUACGUUCAGCGGAUGCAUCCUCAUGUUGGUUCUGCAUCCCGCCCAGCCAUUGUGUACACCGAUGAGUCCUUCGUCCAUCACCACUACAAGUGCCACAACCAAAGCUUGUAUCACCCGUCGGACGUGUUGGACGUCGCACAGAAAGAAAAGCACAAAGUGCGCCGCCGUGUCAUGGCUCUGGAUAUUUUCACUGGGGGGACCACCUUGGCUAAAGAACCAAAGGACUAUCACGGCAUGUUCGACCAUGCAUACUAUGUUGGCUGGUUCCAACGGCUUCUGGACGAGUUGGACGAGAUCCGUGUGUCCAACGCUCUCAUAGUAAUGGACAAUGCCAAGUACCACAAGGGGCGUCCUAGCAAUACACCACAGAGCCGACAUCGCAAGGAGGUGUUGAUCGCGGCAUGCACGAUGUACGGCAUCCCAGUGACUGGGACAGAGUUCAAGAGUCUCUUGUGGGAGAAGUUAGCCGCGUACAUUGAGACCAACGUUCUGCCCGUUGUCAUGACAAUGGCGUCGGAGCGAGGCCACACCGUUGUGUAUACCCCCCCCUCACCACUCCGACCUGCAACCGAUUGA